AUGAACAUGGCGACCAUCAAGGCCAUCGAGGCCCGCUCAGUCCACCAAAUCCAAUCCGGCCAAGUCAUCACCGACCUCUGCUCCGUCGCGAAGGAGCUGGUCGAAAACAGUCUCGAUGCCGGGGCCACCUCCAUCGAGGUGCGCUUCAAGAACCACGGGCUCGAUCUCAUCGAAGUCCAGGAUAACGGCAGCGGGAUCGCGCCGGAGAAUUACGAGAGUUUGGCCCUGAAGCACCACACCUCGAAACUGGCGACCUUCACCGACCUGAACACGCUCCACACCUUCGGGUUCCGCGGCGAGGCGCUCUCGUCGCUGUGCGCGCUGUCCAGCUUCCACGUCGUGACGGCCCAGGCGCACCAGGCGCCCAAGGCGACGCGGCUGGACUUCGAGCCGUCCGGCCGCCUCCACAAAACGCAGCUCGUGGCCGGGCAGAAGGGCACGACCGCCGCGGUCGCGCACAUCUUCCGCGGCUUGCCGGUGCGGCGCCGCGAGCUGGAGAAGAAUCUCAAGCGCGAGUACGGCAAGGUCGUCAGCCUGCUGCAUGCGUACGCGUGCAUCAGCACCGGGGUGCGGUUCACCGUGCGCAAUACUACAGCCACUAAGGGUGGCGGCGGGGCGGGAAGGAAUGUCGUGGUGUUCAGCACGAACGGGAAUGCCACGACUAAGGCAAACCUGGCGAACGUGUAUGGGGCGAAGACGCUGGCGGCGUUGAUUCCGCUGGAGCUGGAGCUGGAUUUUGCCGGCAGCAUCAAGGUGCGCGGCCAUAUCUCCCGGCCCGUGGUCGGGGAGGGGCGCCAGACGCCCGAUCGCCAGAUGUUCUUCGUGAAUGCGCGGCCCUGUGGGCUGCCGCAGAUCGCGAAGGCGUUCAAUGAGGUCUACCGCUCGUUCAAUGUCGCGCAGUCGCCGUUCGUGUUCGCCGAUUUCGAGAUGGAUACGGCGGCGUAUGAUGUCAAUGUGUCGCCGGAUAAGCGGACGAUCUUGCUGCAUGAUGCGGGCCAGCUGAUUGAGUCGCUGAAGCGGGCGCUGGUGGAGUUGUUUGAGAGGGCGGAGCAGACGGUGCCGCAGGCGCAGGUGGCGGCGGGGAGGCAGUCGCGGCUGCAGGGUCUGGGGUCUGGUCGGGCGGGUGAUGCUGCUAAGGAUAGGGAGAAGGGGGAGGAGGAGGAGGAGGAGGAAGAUGGGGAUAAGACUCAAAUCAAGACGAAGGGUGCAGUGCACGCCAACGCUCAGGAUCGGAUGAAGAGCUUCCUGAGUGGACUGGGGGCUGGAGGAACUCGUGCCGAAGAGCCUGCUGAUCAUGCUUCGAAUGAAACACAAGACGCUGUGUCUGCAGCACCGAAGCCUCAGUCUGACCUGCCCGAGGAAGAGGAAGAAGAAGACAACGAGCUCUUCGUGCGGCAGGACAGCACGCCAGUCUCUCGCGAGAGGGCUCUUCCGCAGGACGAAGUCCCUGGUGGCUCUACACAGGACAUCCAGGCUGUCGCUCCAUUGAGCCCUCCCAUCCCCUCGACACAGGACUCAGAGAUCCCGGAAGAAACGCCGAGUAUUGUGCAGAACGCCUUCGACCGCAUGCGGCCCAGACGCAUGCCAGCCGAGAUCGCCACGAUCACCAUUGGUAACCGGACCGUCACCUCCGUGAUAGGAAGUGGUGUCCCGAGAAAGAGAUUUAGUGAUUCCACUGGGUCAAGUGGCUCUACCAGGAAGAGGCGGAUACACACGCCGUCCCGGCCGAGCAUUUUUGGCAAACAUAUGCGCGACUUUGCCGCCCCUGGGUCCCAGAUGGCGCAGGACGAGGGUGAGGGGGAUGAAGAGAUUGAGGACGAGUACUCUGACGAAGUCGAAGAAGAUCAAGACGAGAUGGAGGAGGAUGCUGAAGUUGACGAGAUGGAAGAAGAUGCCGAAGAAGACGAGAUGGAGGAAGAUGAUGCAGAGCAGAUGGAAGAGACCGGCUCUCAAGCUUCUGCGCACUCCGACCAUGAAAGUGAACACUCCGACGCCGGUGCUGAUGAAGCAGCCGACAAGGAAACCGCCACGCAACCUGCGCAAGAGCACAUGACCGAGGAAGAGAAGAAGCAGCAUGAAGAGGCCGAAGUGCAGCGGUUGAUCCAACAAGCGGAGGAGAAGGCCGCCCUCCCGCACAACAGCGAAAAGCGCGCCAUUAAAAUGAACAAGGGCGCCGCUCACCGCGACUCCACAGUCCAACUCGUGACCACCGUCGACGGCUCCCUAUCCAAGAUCCAGACCCGAUUCAACCAACUUCAAACCUGCCUUCGUCACGCAGCAGUCGACACUACACAAGACCCAACCGAGAUGGCUGGAUCCCGGGCGACUGCGGAAGAACGACUGUCCCUGACGGUCAGCAAGGAUGAUUUCGCGCAGAUGCGGAUCAUCGGACAGUUCAACCUAGGGUUCAUUCUGGCGACGCGGCCCCGCGCCGGCACGCACCAGGAUGAGCUGUUCAUCAUCGACCAGCACGCGUCGGAUGAGAAGUACAACUUCGAGCGCCUGCAGGCGGAGACGGUGGUGCAGAACCAGCGGCUGGUGCGGCCCAAGCCGCUGGACCUGACGGCGGUCGAGGAGGAGGUCGUGAUCGAGAACCAGGCGGCGCUAGAGAAGAACGGGUUCGUGGUGGAGGUGGACGACAGCGGGGACGAGCCCAUCGGCCGCCGCUGCCGGCUGGUGUCGUUGCCGCUGAGCAAGGAGGUGGUGUUCGGAGAGCGCGACCUGGAGGAGCUAAUCGUGCUGCUGUCGGAGAUGCCCGCGACGAGUGGGAGUGAGGAAGUGCCCCGCCCGACCAAGGUGCGGAAGAUGUUCGCCAUGCGGGCGUGUCGGUCGAGUAUCAUGAUCGGGAAGAACCUGACGACGAAGCAGAUGCAGCGGGUGGUGCGCAACAUGGGAACGAUCGACAAGCCGUGGAACUGUCCUCACGGGCGGCCUACGAUGCGGCAUCUGAUGAGUUUGGGGGAGUGGGAUGAAUGGGAUGAAUGGGGGAUGGGGGAGGAUGAGGGGCGAGAUCGGUUGGAUAUCUGGCGGGAGUAUUUUGAGGAGGAGGAGGAGGCUGAGGAUUAA